UGACAUCACGAGAUCCCCUCUUUUGUUCCUUUAAUGUCAUCUUCCACGUAUCUCUCAUCUUCAUAAUCUCUUCAUUCGUGUUAUGGUUUUAGUACAGCUAAUCUUAAUAUAGCCGCUGCCGUAACCCCAUUAGUGUUGAAUUAAACCACCACACAAUCAAAGAGAGGGAGAAGAAGAAGAAGAUAACCCCAUACAUAUAUAUAUAUACUCUCUUUACUACUCCCUAUCUUAGCUCUAUAUAAAUUGAAAACCCAGAUUUCCUGCAAAUGUCUUCCCAUUCAGAACGACCGAGUUUCGACAGGGAAAUGAACAAGCCCGAUUUCAAAGAACUCGAUCUGAUUGGUUCGCCCGUCUCUCCGUUGCACCGUCACAACAAUGGCGGAGGCGCCGCCGCCACGACUACGUCGUCCGGUGGUAAUAGCUCCAACUCGUCGACUGGUUCUGUUUCGAGUAAGAACAGUAACAGCACGGGUACUCAUUUCUCCGGGGAGUUAUUGGAGAAAAGUGCGGGUUUACCCGGAUCUGCUCCGACGAACCGGAUUAUUAGACCGGGUCAUAGGAGAUCCGUUUCUGCUGGACUCCCUUUGAUUUACUCUGGUUCAAGCUUUACUGGAGGAACUUCGUCUUUUUCGUCUUCGUCUUCAUCUGCUUCUUCCAAUCCAAGCACGAUUUUACCCAGUGGUAACAUUUGUCCGUCUUGGAAAAUCGUUAAAACCAUGGGGUUACGUACCUCAAACAAGACCGAUACGCUUGGUGGCGGCAAAGGAAACUACGGGCACGGCAGCAUAAUUCGAGGUGGCGGCGGUGCUAAAUCUGGGCCGGCUACUGCUAAUCCCGAGGAAAUGAAGAGAGCUGGCAAUGAGAUGUAUAAAAGAGGAAAUUUUUCCGAGGCAUUGGCAUUGUAUGAUAAGGCUAUAUCCAUUUCACCGGAAAACUCCGCCUACCGAAGUAACAGGGCGGCGGCGUUAGCGGCAGCGGGAAGGUUGGGAGAGGCCGUCAGGGAGUGUGAGGAAGCUGUUAGAUUAGACCCUGGUUAUGGCAGAGCUCAUCAGAGGUUGUCUUCCCUUUAUCUUAGGUUAGGUUUACCGGAUAAUGCCAGACACCACCUUUGUUUACCGGGGCAACAUUCGGAUCCAGCCGAGUUGCAGAAGUUGCAGCUUUUGGAAAUUCAUAUUAAUCGAUGUGCGGAUGCACGGAAGAUUGGUGAUUGGAAGACUGCGGUAAGAGAAAUCGAUGCAGCAAUAGCUGUUGGCGCAGACUCGUCGACCAAGCUCAUUGCUUGUAAAGCAGAAGCCCUUUUGAAGCUCCACCAAAUUGAGGAGUCAGAUUACUGCCUAUCAAACAUCUCAAAACCGGAGCAUUAUACUCCCUCCUUGCAGAUUAAGUACUUUGGUAUGGUGGCCGAAGCUUAUGUCCUCUUUGUUCAGGCCCAAGUUGAGAUGGCAUUGGGAAGAUUCGAAAAUGCAGUUUCAGCUGUGGAGAAGGCUAGACGUAUCGAUUACAGCAAUGCUGAAAUUGCAAUGGUUCUAAAUAAUGUGAAAAUGGUAGCGAGAGAACGGACUCACGGCAAUGAAUUAUUCAAUGCCGGAAGAUACGCUCAAGCCUGCUCUGCUUACGGGGAAGGACUCAGAUGUGAUAGCUCUAACUCGGUUCUAUACUGCAAUAGAGCAGUUUGCUGGUCUAAACUUGGACUUUGGGAGAAAUCCGUAGAGGACUGCAACCAGGCUCUAAAGAUCCAACCAAAUUACAAAAAGGCCUUACUUCGAAGGGCUGCCUCGAAUGGAAAGCUUGGACGAUGGGCAGAUGCAGUGAGAGAUUAUGAGCUCUUGAGAAAGGAACUUCCCGGAGACAUUGAAGUUGCCGAGUCUCUGCAUAACGCACAAGUUGCGUUGAAGAAAUCUCGUGGGGUGGAUAUUCAUAAAACGAAAAUAAGCGGCGAAGUAGAGGAAAUUUCUAGCCUAGAGAGAUUUAAAAUCGCCAUAUCGUCUCCUGGCAUAUCAAUGGUCCACUUUAAAGUGGCAUCCAAUGAACAAUGUGAAGAACUAACUCCAUUCGUUAAUUUGCUUUGCGUUCGGUAUCCAUCAAUUCAUUUUUACAAGGUCGAUGCAGAGGAAAGCUUAGUGGUGGCAAAAGCGGAGGGUAUAAGAACAGUCCCGACUUUUAAGAUUUAUAAGAAUGGAGACAAAGUGAAGGAGAUGAUCAGCCCUACCCAUCAGAUUCUGGAGGACUCAGUGAGGAACUAUAUCCUAUAGAAAAAAGAGAGGUAAAAAUAGUAUGGAAUUUGCUUAAUCUUUGUCACAAACAGCAUUUGACGAUAAUUGUCCAAAGUAUUUAUUCAUUGUCAUAGCUUGAUUCAUACUAGGAUCAACAGUUUUACAUGUGACAUGAAUCAAACUACAUAAUUGUUUCAUAGAACUCCAUCGAGGCCGGAAAAAAGCCUCGAGACUUGAGAGAAAAUAGCUUCUUAGUUUUACAUUUAUGAAAUUGCUGAAGAUUUUUC